GCAACACCCAGUUACAUUUCCCCUCAACAAUGAACAAGUCAGCCAAACAUUUUUAGUGUCGUUUUUUAAACUUCCCUGCGUGAGAGUCUAUGGGAGACACGGAAAGGUCUAUGUGGCGGAGAAAGAAGGAGAGAAGGAAAUGAAAAUGGUUCUCCAGUUUCCUCCAAUCUACCCACUGCCUGAAGAGGUAAAGAAGGAUGGCAAAAGCGGCUUACGCAGAGACAGUUACUCGAAAAAGAGACACGGCAAGGUGAAAUUCUCAGAAAGCAGAGGAGACAGAAUGAGGAGAAGCAGAAAGACUACACACAGAACAACUACUUAAGUUAAAAGUGGAGUUGUGGGAGAAACACGAGAGGCGGUUGUCAUGCCAACGCGGGUGUGACAUCAUGCCGGAGCAGCUGGCGUCACUCUGCGCAGCUGAAGAGGAAGUGACACGACUGAGGGAAGUUCUGGAGAAGGUCCAGCUGGAAACGAGACAGCUGAGGAGAGAAAGGUUCAACAGCUUCCCACGCCACCAGACCGUCACUGACGCCGUGAACCCACUGGUUGCAGCCCUGAAAGAGCACAGAACCCAGAAUGCAUUGCACCUGAUGGAGCAGAUGGAGAUCCUGCACAGGGAGCUGGAGGAGAGAGAGCAGGUGCUACAAGGACUGCAAGACAUGCAGGUGGGAAGCAGGGUGGAGGAGAGGAGGAGGAGGAGUGAGGAGGAGGAGGUGAUACGUCAGGAGCUGCAGUGCUCCCAACACCAGGAGGCGCUGCAGCUGAGCCGAUCUGAGGCUGAACUGCAGCUGGCGAAUGAGAGGAAUGCUGAAUUUCAAGAAGAGGUGUUGUUACUCCAGGAGACAGUAAGAAGGGAAUGUGAGGAGAGGGAGGAGCUGACUGCUGCUCUGUCUCACGCACAAGCGGAGCUUCUUGGCCUGCGAUCCCCAGCGUCUCAUCAGGGCUCCUCCGUGUCUCCCCCGAACCCCUCCAGGGAAAAAGCAUCUCCAUCUCCAAAGUCAAACCCGAGUAGCUCUCUCUGGCUCUUUGAACUCGCCAAACACACUGCGGGCCCUCGGCUCCCUUCUCAGACAAAGACAGAGACCAGGGGCCAGGUGGAGGAGGAGCAGGGAGGAGUGUGGAGUCUCGGAAUGGAGAGGAAAAAAGGCGCGAGGUGACACUGCCCCGAAGUGAGCGAGGUCAAAUGUAAGAGCAGUUUAGCAGCGGAGAGGAAGGAGAGACUGUAAUAAUUAGAAGGAAGGAACGGGUAGUAUAGCGGUUCAGAUAAAGUGUUUUUAUAUUAUUUUAAUGUCAACCAUAUCAUUAUCACUUUGAUAGUAAUAAUUUAAACAAAUAUACCUAUAAUUGUCUACACUAAAACUCACGCACACUUUAUGAACAAGACAAAACUACUACGUCCAGCACCAAACAGCAGUGAACUCCAUGGACACACACUCUCUGACAAACAAUGCACUUGUUUUCUCACAACCCAACUCACGCAGAGGAUAAACACACAAACAGGCACACACAUACACAAACAACCUGUUACAAGGGCAGGGCUGAAGGAGCCCCACAGCGUGUCCUUUUGCCACCCGUGCACACAAAGAGAAGGCAAACACAAAGGAAACUGUUAAGGCCAGCACCCCCCGACACACACGCAACGAUUACCCAGCCCUCACCGAUCAGGCUUUGUGUGUUAUUGACAUGAUUCACUCUGUGCAAGGUCUUUCCAGCCCCCACAUCCCUUCUCUUUUCCUUUCCUCCUACAUUUGGGAUGAAUUGGCAUGAUGGCAGAAAUGUGUGAUGAGUGUGUGGCAUGGAACUCAUUUCCCUGCUUACUGGCACACAUGGAAAGCUUUUUGCUUGACUUCCCCGUGUCCCUCUCUUCCAGCCCAUCUGUGAAACAAUGCACGUGCAAGUCGUUCACGCACAAAGGUGGAAGAUAAUGAUUUUAUCCUGCCAACGUUUCCUCUGUUGGCCAAAACACACACAUAUGGUUAAUCUGCUUACGGUCUGGGUUGGUGGGGGAGAGGACGUUCUGAAAAAUAAAACAAUGAACAUUCUGUUUCAUUAAAAGGUCAUUUUACACCUCCCCUUUUUUUGUCAUGGUAGUUACAUUUGAAAAAAUGCCGAAUACACACGACAAAGUGGUUCAUGUGCUUUCCUGAAACGGACUGUCUUGAGUUCUGUUUAUAAAAGUACGUUUUUUAUUGGUUUGCAUUUGAUUUUUAACGAGAUUUCCGAAGAACUCUUCCUCCACAAUUAACACUCCCUAGCUGCCCCCUUUUAAUCACAAACAGCAAUAUAGACUCCCUUCAUUUGGCAAUGUCCUUUUCUUUUGAGCUCUGCCACUGACUCUUUGUUGCCUUCCUGUGGCCUUGUGUGUGUUUACUCGUUACAUGAGAUUUUGCCAUGUGUGUGCGAGUCUCCAGUGAGCGAUUGUUUCCGUCCCAGCACCACCAACGCUCAGUUUCUUCAAUCAAUUAUCUCACUGAAGGACAUUGAUUGCAUGGUAAUCAUCCCAAUGUGGCCUAUGCGUCUGUGUCCAUUUGUUACAAGCUAGUGAGUGUACUGUGUGGUUCGUUUUUUCAAAAUAAGUGCCAGUUUUUAUUUCCAGACUGAUGAUUCUUUCAUUCGGAUUGAGGAAAGUGAGUAAACCCUGUAUUCAUUUAACACAGUCAGUCAGGGAGCUUGACUAUUCAGUCACUAAAGAGUCUCAACUCAAGUUUCAUUUUCUGGUUUAUUCCAAAAUUUCUGCCUUGAACAAAUGAUCUUCAUCAGAUUUGCUUAGUUGUUGUUGAUCUGUAAGUGUUGAAACUCUCCAUUGAUCUGAGCACUUAAGCACUAAAGUUGAGCUUGGCGGUUCAUUCUCUUUGUCAACUUUAGUUUUGAUUGAAAUGAGGAAAUAUCUAUUCCACAAAUAACUAAGAAGAACAAACAUUUUUUCCCGAUAUUUAGCCCAUGACAAUUUUAGAUGCUCGUUGCAAAAGAAUUCCUUUCCUUUCAGUUUCAAUUGAAAGAGGAAUAGAGGUUGUGUACCAGGCCCUUCACACUGUUGUGUGGCAAACAGUUUGACUUUUUAAGGGAGGAAAAGAUAAGGAGGAAUUAGUAACAUUGAUGGUGGUUGGAUUUAGUUCCAGAGCUCUACAGGGUUGUUCACUGUCACACUGACAUGGCUCCCUGGGUCACUCCAACAGAACAGAGCCAUCGUUGAUGUUACUAUUUCCAACAUUUUGUCUUUCUCUUGCUUUGACAAAAUGUCUGCCUUGAAAAGGUUCCAGAUUUGAUCAGUUAAGAACUGCUCACAUCCUUCAUGAACAUUUCCUCACACCGUGACCCGCAUGUCUACUGUGUACUUUAAGAGAUGACCUCUCCUUAUGGCCCUCAGUGGCAUAAACACACCGUCACUGCUUCUGCUCUCGAUUCCACGAUACACAGUGUUCUGACAACACACACUUUCUGUUUCCUUCCUCCCUCAAAACACAGGCACCUCCUCACUCACUCACUCACUCACCCACUAAUAUGUCUAUUUGUAAACAUUAUGUUUAUCUCCUUCGCUUUCCUUAAUUUAGCAUUCAACCACACUGACCCUGUUUCUAAACAGAUUUUUUUUUAAAUAUUUUAUUUAUUUCUGAUCCAGUCAAAUUCCUGGUUUGUGUGUGUGUGUGUGUGUGUGUGUGCGCUUGAAUAGCUCCUUGAAACGCUUUCUCCAUCUCAAUAUGAAUGCAGCAGACCCACAACAUAAAGCCCCAUUACGUUGACAUUGGCUAUUAAACAUUCAAACGUAACCAGCUUUAACAAAUGGCCAAACACACACAAACAUUCAUAUGUUAACACACCAGGCAUGCAUUGCGCACACAUUCGGGGUGUGAUCUCCUCGCAGUAGUUAUCAUAGCAAGGCACGCAUGCACACGUGUCCCUGGGGGAUGUCUGCAUGUUGCUCGUAAACACGCACGCCUCGGAGUGGCCUAUGCAUGACUAAGCCCUUGUUUGUCACUGGGCGGCCCUGAAUGCAUCGCUCCUCUCCGUUUCGGUCGUUCCCGGAAUUCUACUGUCCCGUGAGCCCUCCCACAGUAAUUACUGUCACCCGGGCAACCGGAGACAUAAAAAUGCUCAGCAUUCUUGUCGUCGUGGUGACUGCGUAAGUGCGGCCUGAGGGGCUGGUUGUAGGUGUUGGUGAAGGACAGGGACAAUGAGACCUCAGUCUCAGGCCUCUGCCACCUCCUGCAGUGUGUUAGGAAAAGCCAGGUGUGUGUGUGUGUGUGUGUGUGUGCGUGUGCGUGGGUCCUUUGCAUGCCACGUAGAGCUUCAAACAGCUUAUUAAAGCAGAGCCUUGUCCUGUGUUUGCGUGAUUAUGCCAUUGAUUACAAUAGUUUUAGACUCACACGCACACAAACACACACAUACAUGUGUGGUAUGUGUUGGAUUAAACUUUUCCUGGAGCCUCGGGCAAUGUUUUUUUGCUUUUUUGAAAUGUUGAUUUCAUGCCUGUGGGAGUUGUGUAUGUAUGGACCCGGUAUUCGCCGCACACAGCCUAACUGUGAAAAAUGUCACCAGCUCUGCCUGUUGACCCAUUAAAAAACCCAGAGCUCAUGUUGCUGGAAAAACAAACA